GAGAAGAGCAGGAAAGACUGGAAAGCCAUUGCAGUGCUCCUAAUGUUGUUCUGUCCAGCUCUGAAGGUGCCUUGGCCCAGCACUGGGUUGCUAGGCUGUAAGAGGAGUUGCCAUGGCUCUGGAACAGGAGCAGCAGAAGCCACGUCCCUGCCGUUUGCUGAGCAAUAGGCUUCUGAAGGAGUCUCAAAGUGGUGUCUGCUUGGGGGGAAAAAAGGGAAUUGCAAAUGAAAAUGAAGACAGCAGUGCUGCAGGUUGUGCCUGCCAGAGAGGAGCCAGCUCACCUGUGGGAAGAAGGAGAUACCUCUGGUGACGGAGCCGUUCUUGCCGUGAUGAAUUGGACCGAGUGACCGAGCGGCUGGCAAUCCACCUGCUUUUGGAGACGACCCCCUCCCUGGUUUUGCUGCUCUCCGAAUCCUCCUCUCCCCAUCUGGGAAGGUAGCAGUGAGCUGUACCAUCUGCGGCAGGCGCAGCAGCUAUUGGAGGCUACUCCUGACAGUUCGCACUCCAGUUUGCCGGCGAGCAGGGAGCCAGGUAGAUCGUACGCUCGGAUAUUUCUGCCCUCCAGCUCCCCCAUAACACAGGCUGGGCUUGCAGCAACCCCCUGCUACGCUCCCGGCUUUUUCCCAUCGCCUUGGAGUUCUGGGCUUACUUUUUGGCACGGUCUCCUGGAUGCAUUUUGCCGGGGAUGAGAAGAGCGGUCCCUGGAACCUCUGAGAACUAAUUGUUGUGCUUCUGUGUGACUGGAGAAGGGAAAGCAGCGAGAAGGAACCGCAGCCAGCUGGAGGAAUUUAAAUUUCUUUCGGAGAAGUCGACAGAGGGACUUUAAAAAAGACAUGACCUCCUUUCCUGUGAGCAAUCCUGAUUCCCUGAUGCUGCCGACAGCAAACGGCCUGAUGUUCUCCUGGGUGUUCUGAACAGCAUGUUGCCAACAAAAAAGGACUGUGCAGUGGAGGCUGUUGAUAUGGAACUAUCCUGAAAUACAAGACACCAUCUGAGAGAAGAAUUCCUUUACCCUGGCAUGAAGGAGAAUUAAUUGCACCUUGAAUUACUGAAGACAGCUCCUGAAUCUGGUUCCUGUCUGCCAUUGAGUCCAGGCCAGGACUUCGCAGUGCUCGUCCACAGCCAUCAGUGGAGAUAUUUUAAAGCCUAUUGGACUGGUAAACUGGAGACUGAAGAGAGCUUCCUUCUCUGCUGAAAUAACUGAGCCAGAAGGAAUCACUUUCAGUGGGUUUUUCUUUGCUCUUCUUCAUCACCAGAAAGAGGUUUUUUUUUUUUCCCCUGCCCAAGAAGAUUUACUGUAGAACUUGGAGACCUGAUGUGAAUCAUUAAGGGAGGGAAGGGAAAUCAAAUCACCUACCUGGAGAUCAUGCAAAAAGCUCUGGAAAUCCAAUCCCAGUGACUCCUGGAGAUAACCUUUCUCAUGACCUCAGCGCUGGCCACAGUCCUGCGAGCACUAAAGGGUGGAUGCUGUGAGGGGAUUCCAGGCAGCUGUGUGGAACAAUCUCCCGUGGGCUAGUAGGAUGAGAAGGUCCAAGGGUAGCCUGGGAAACGAGGAGCAGCAUCACCUCCCAAGACUGUACACCCACUGAAAAGGCUAUUCAAACUCCAGAAGGACCAACACCAAAUAAAUUAUGAAUGUUGAACAAGAUGACCUUACAUCCACAGCAGAUAAUGAUAGGUCCUAGGUUUAACAGGGCCCUAUUUGACCCCCUGCUUGUGGUGCUGUUGGCUCUUCAGCUUCUCGUGGUGGCUGGCCUAGUGAGGGCUCAAACUUGCCCUUCUGUCUGCUCCUGCAGCAACCAGUUCAGCAAAGUGAUUUGCGUGCGGAAAAACCUGCGCGACGUGCCAGACGGCAUCUCCACCAACACCCGCUUGCUCAACCUCCAUGAGAACCAGAUCCAGAUCAUCAAAGUGAACAGCUUCAAGCAUCUGAGGCACCUAGAGAUCCUGCAGCUCAGCAGGAAUCACAUCAGGACAAUUGAAAUCGGGGCUUUCAAUGGGCUGGCUAAUCUCAACACUUUGGAACUCUUUGACAAUCGUCUGACCACCAUCCCGAAUGGGGCUUUUGUAUACCUGUCCAAACUGAAGGAGCUGUGGUUGAGGAACAACCCCAUCGAGAGCAUCCCUUCUUAUGCUUUUAACAGGAUCCCUUCUCUCCGGAGGUUGGAUCUAGGGGAAUUGAAAAGGCUUUCGUACAUCUCAGAAGGUGCCUUUGAAGGUCUCUCCAACUUGAGGUAUUUGAACCUUGCCAUGUGCAACCUCCGAGAAAUUCCUAACCUCACCCCGCUGGUAAAACUGGAUGAGCUAGAUCUGUCCGGGAACCACCUGACUGCCAUCCGGCCGGGUUCCUUCCAAGGGUUAAUGCAUCUUCAGAAGCUGUGGAUGAUACAGUCCCAGAUUCAAGUGAUCGAAAGGAACGCUUUCGACAACCUUCAGUCGCUGGUAGAGAUCAACCUGGCACACAACAACCUAACGCUACUGCCUCAUGACCUGUUCACGCCGCUCCGCCUGGAGAGGAUCCACCUGCAUCACAACCCUUGGAACUGCAACUGCGACAUCCUUUGGCUCAGCUGGUGGAUCAAAGACAAGGCACCCUCCAACACUGCAUGCUGUGCCCGCUGCCACACGCCUCCCAGUCUGAAAGGCAGGUACAUCGGCGAGCUGGACCUGAAUUACUUCACGUGCUACGCUCCUGUCAUAGUGGAGCCGCCGGCAGACCUCAACGUGACGGAAGGCAUGGCGGCGGAGAUGAAGUGCCGGGCCUCCACCUCCCUCACCUCCGUAUCUUGGAUCACUCCCAACGGCUCCGUCAUGACCCACGGGGCUUACAGAGUUCGGAUCGCGGUGCUGAGCGACGGCACCUUGAACUUUACCAAGGUAACUGUGCAGGACACGGGUUUGUACACGUGCAUGGUGAGUAACUCGGUCGGCAACACCACGGCUUCUGCCACGCUGAACGUGACUGCCCUGGACAACCCCGGGUACACCUACUUCUCGACCGUCACAGUAGAGACUGUGGAACCUUCUCAGGACGAGGCACAGACCACAGAGCACGUUGGGCCCACGCCGGUUACCAGCUGGGAGACGACGAACAUGACCACCUCACUCACUGCGCAGAGCACAAGAGCGACCGAAAAGACGUUCACCAUUCCCGUGACGGACGCCAACAACGGCAUCCCGGGAAUAGACGAGGUGAUGAAGACUACCAAAAUCAUCAUCGGUUGUUUUGUGGCUAUCACCCUGAUGGCAGCUGUGAUGCUGGUCAUUUUCUACAAGAUGAGGAAGCAGCAUCACCGGCAGAGCCACCACGCUCCGACGCGGACUGUGGAGAUCAUCAACGUGGAUGACGAGCUGACGGGCGACACGCCCCUAGAGAGUCACUUGCCCAUGCCAGCCAUAGAGCAUGAGCACCUAAACCACUAUAACUCUUACAAGUCUCCUUUCAACCACACAACAACAGUUAACACAAUAAAUUCAAUACACAGUUCAGUGCAUGAACCGUUAUUGAUCCGAAUGAACUCGAAAGACAACGUACAAGAGACUCAGAUCUAAACCCUUUAUGACAUGAUGAGGGGUGGGGAAGGGGUGGGGUGGGG